AUGAAAGUCUUAUUUUUUAUUUGUUGCUUAACAACUUUAUUGGCAAUUGCAAACUCACAAGGUACUGAGUAUGACUUUGAAACUGCUUUCAAAAACUAUGUGGAAGCCUAUGGAAAACAAUAUUUAAGUUCAGAUUAUCAAGCGGCAUUCGAUGCAUUCAAGGAGAAUCUUGUAAAGAUCCAAAAGGCAAACGACAACUGGUCAGGAUCAAAUGUCCAUAUCGAAGUUCCAGAUAGUUCCAACAUGAGAGUUCUUUCUGCUGUAGACCCAAUCAUUUCAUUCCCAUCUGAAAGUUACCCAAUGAUGGAGUUAAAUCAAUUCAGUGAUUUAUCAUUUGAACAAUUCUCAGCAGUUUACACUGGUGUUGAUGCAUCAUUGGCACCUGAAGCUGCCGCCGCUGCUGGACUUUCAACUGGAGCGAUUGUUGGCAUUGCCGUUGGUAGUGCUGCUGCCUUUGCAGUUUUUGCUGGAGCAACCGUUGCCGUUGUCAGAUCACGUAGAUCUGCAUCAGCCGAGAUUGAAACAUCACCAAAGGAAGAAGUUCAAAUGAAACAUCAAUCAAGAGGUAUCGAUAUCUUCAAGUGGAGAAGAUCAAAGCAUCAAUCAAUUACUGCUCGUUCAGUUCCAAUUGAUAAACAAUAA